CCUGUGGCAGCGCCUGAUUGAGAAGAAGCGCUUCCGGCAGCCUUGAAUCAGUAAUCAACACACCAGCCUUCCGGGCCUGACGCGACCCUCAUCUCAGGCCUCUCGGAGUCGUACAGCCGCCCAGUACCAAACCUGCGACGUGGAAGUCCAUAGUGGAGCCUCCUUGCCUCGGUCCAGGUCCAGGUCCAGAUGUCCCUGUGUCCGGGCUGCCCCAGCAUUAGGCGACCCCAGGACCCUGUGAUUGGCGCCUGCGCCUGCUGACGGUGACGGAGGAGCCCCCCUAAAGACUUGGGCAUUGCUUGUGCUUGGUGUCUGUCCUUCGUGCUCCUUUCGGUGAAGCUAAGGGAGAGGGCGAUUUUUGUUGUCACUUGGGCAAGGAUCUUGCAUUAGUCUUUAUCUCUUCCCAUGAUACCUGGCAUUCGGUAAAUGUUUGUUGAAUUUGAAGAGACAUAUGGGCAAUGAAUCUGGAAGGGGAGAACAUCCUUGGUCCUACAUUGUUGCUGACACUGACAUUUUUCUAAGUUGUCUUGAACUGCCUACUUUUUAUGUAAAUAACUGGCUAGACUUCAUAUUUUUCACUACAGAAGCCCAUAACCUGCAGUUGCUAGAGAUCUUAAAACACUACUUUUAGGAUAUCAUCUACAUUUAACUUGAAAGCUCUUCCUGUCUUAUUCCAAAAUGUUGAGAUACUGGGGAGAGAUACCAAUCUCAUCAAGCCAGACCAACAGAAGUUCCUUUGACUUGCUCCCUCGGGAGUUCCGACUGGUAGAAGUCCAUGACCCACCCCUGCACCAACCCUCAGCCAACAAGCCCAAGCCCCCCACUAUGUUGGACAUCCCCUCAGAGCCGUGCAGCCUCACCAUCCAUACCAUUCAGCUGAUCCAGCACAACCGACGUCUGCGUAACCUCAUUGCCACAGCUCAGGCCCAGAAUCAGCAACAGACAGAAGGUGUAAAGACUGAAGAGAGUGAGCCUCUUCCGUCCUGCCCUGGGUCACCUCCUCUUCCUGAUGACCUCCUUCCUUUAGAUUGUAAGAAUCCCAGCACACCAUUCCACAUCCGGCACAGUGACCCAGAGAGUGACUUUUAUCGUGGGAAAGGGGAACCUGUGACUGAACUCAGCUGGCACUCCUGCCGGCAGCUCCUCUACCAGGCAGUGGCCACGAUCCUAGCCCACGCAGGCUUUGAGUGUGCAAACGAAAGUGUCCUGGAGACCCUAACUGAUGUGGCACACGAGUAUUGUCUGAAGUUCACCAAGUUGCUGCGCUUUGCUGUGGAUCAGGAGGCCCGGCUGGGGCAGACUCCCUUCCCCGACGUGAUGGAGCAGGUUUUCCAUGAAGUGGGCAUUGGCAGCGUGCUCUCCCUCCAGAAGUUCUGGCAGCACCGCAUCAAGGACUAUCACAGUUACAUGCUGCAGAUUAGUAAGCAGCUCUCUGAAGAGUAUGAAAGGAUUGUCAAUCCUGAGAAGGCCACAGAGGACACUAAACCCGUAAAGAUCAAGGAGGAACCUGUGAGUGACAUCACCUUCCCUGUCAGUGAGGAACUGGAGGCUGACCUUGCUUCUGGAGACCAGCCACUGCCCAUGGGAGUCCUUGGGGCUCAGAGUGAACGCUUCCCAUCUAACCUGGAGGUCGAGGCUUCACCACAGGCUUCAAGUACAGAAGUAAAUGCUUCCCCUCUUUGGAACUUGGCCCACGUGAAAAUGGAGCCGCAAGAGAGUGAAGAAGGCAACGUCUCUGGGCAUGGCGUGCUGGGCAGCGACGUGUUCGAGGAGCCCAUGUCGGGCAUGAGUGAAGCUGGGAUCCCCCAAAGCCCUGAUGACUCAGACAGCAGCUAUGGCUCCCACUCCACUGACAGCCUCAUGGGGUCCUCCCCUGUUUUCAACCAGCGCUGUAAAAAGAGGAUGAGGAAAAUAUAAGGCAAAGAGGGAGAGUUUCUCUCCAGACCUACAAGACCCAACAGAAAACCUUGAUGUAUUCUAAUUCACUUCCAUAAACAGUGAUUUGACUUUUAUUCUUAAACGCAGUGGACUUUCCUGAUAUCAGUGGAACUGGAUUUAACCAAAUAAGUCUGCUUUUUCCUUUUGCAUUCAGUUUUUAUAGUUUUCCACAACAACCAAGCUACCUUUCACAAACAUCAUGACAGUGGGAUGGUAAUCCAGAGAUCAAAGCACUGUCCCUGACAUCUAUUGUGUGAGUAGACAAGUGACUUAGCUUCUCUAGAGCUGUUUCUCUUGCACAACUGAGAAGACCCAUACAUACUGCUUUGACCUACCUUGCAGAGAUAUUAUGAGGAUGGAGAUGUUGUUAAGCCUCAAAGCUGUACUUGAAUAGACUCACAAGUAAAUAUAUGCUGGUAUCAGAUGUCAAUUU